GUGGCAGUUGCUGUUGACACCGGAAGUGCCUCUACGAGCUGCCGCUUCCUAGCUACCGUUGCCACGACCCGAGCUCUUUCCCUGCCUGUUGGUUUGUUGACGUCCGAGCAUCGAACGCAGCGCAGACGGUUCCUGGUUGAAUCCCUUCAUUGAAAUGGCGUCGGGCUACAGGAAAGCGGCUCCAGCGGCGAACCCGAGGAAGAAGGCGGGUCCCAAGGUGGAGCUGACCGAGGAGCAGAGGCAGGAGAUCAAGGAGGCGUUCGAUCUGUUCGACACCGAUGGGACUGGGACCAUAGACGUGAAGGAGCUAAAGGUCGCCAUGAGAGCUCUCGGGUUUGAGCCAAAGAAAGACGAUAUCAAGAAGAUGAUCGCGGACAUCGAUAAAGAAGGAUCCGGGACCAUCGACUUCACAGACUUUCUCAGCAUGAUGACACUGAAAAUGAGUGAAAAAGACUCCAAAGAGGAAAUAAUGAAAGCUUUCCGACUCUUCGAUGACGACUGCACGGGAAAAAUCUCAUUCAAAAACCUCAAGAGAGUUGCCAAAGAGCUGGGAGAAAAUCUCACAGACGAAGAGUUACAGGAGAUGAUUGACGAGGCGGACCGAGACGGAGACGGGGAGGUCAACGAGCAGGAGUUCUUGAGGGUCAUGAAGAAGACCAAUCUGUACUGAGACCUUUUGUUCCUCUGAACUUUUUUUUAAACUCUCAUAUUUAUCCGAGCAGUUUAAACUGUAGCGUUUUUUGAGACUUGUUUUGUAAGUAAAUAUUUUUUAACGUAUUGCAUCUUUGCACACGACUUUCUACAAUGCAAGACAAAUAAAUAUAUUUCAUCACAGUG